AUGUCAUCAACCACAAAAGUAUGGAACUUUGGUGCCGGUCCUGCCGCCAUCCCAGCAGAGGUUCUGGCUAAGGCUCAAGCCGAAUUUCUCGAUUUCAACAAUACCGGAAUGUCGGUCCUCGAAAUCUCUCAUCGUUCCAAAACGUUUGAUAACCUUCUCAAAAAGACCAAGAAUGAUUUGCGGCAAUUGUUAAAUAUUCCAGAAAACUACAAGAUACUAUUUAUGCAGGGAGGUGGGCAUACUCAAUUUGCGGCGGUCGUAUACAAUCUCGUCGCCGCAAAGAGGACAAAAACGGGCGAUUACUCUUUGAAUCCACCAGUAGAUUAUGUAAUCACUGGAUCAUGGUCGGCAAAAUCGGUGGCCGAGGCGAAAAGAGUAUAUGCGAACGUAAACAUUGCCGCAGAUGCAAGACUUUCGGGUGGUGGAAAGUUUGGAUCCAUUCCUCCUCGCGAAGAAUGGAAAUUGAGCGGUCCAGAUGCUGCCUACGUGUAUUACUGCGAUAACGAAACAAUCAAUGGAGUCGAAUUCCCCUACAUUCCCGAUAUCGACCCUUCCGUUCCACUCGUGUGUGACAUGUCUUCGAACAUACUCUCGCGUAAAUUCGAUGUUAGUAAAUUUGGCGUGAUCUAUGCGGGAGCUCAGAAGAAUGUUGGACCGGCUGGAGUUACUAUCGUGAUCGUGAGAGAGGAUUUGUUGGUUGAUCAGCCAAAGACUGUUGUCGAGCAUAGUGCUGGGAGUAGUAGCAUGUUGGCGACAGUACCCAGUAUGUUGGAUUACAAAAUCAUGGCAGAUACAGAUUCGUUAUAUAACACGCCUCCCGUAUUUGCGGUGUACAUGGCGGGCUUAGUGUUUGAGCAUUUAAUAGCACGAGGCGGAGUCCAAGAGAUUGAGAAAGUUAAUGAGAAAAAGGCUAAAUUGCUGUAUGACUAUAUCGAUCAAUCAAAAAUCUAUCAAUCGCAUAUUGAUCCAAAAGUGCGAUCGAGAAUGAACGUACCAUUCAGAAUAAACCCGCCCGAAUUGGAGGCGCAAUUCUUGGCAGGUGCCGAAGCUUUGAGGAUGUAUCAGUUGAAAGGACAUCGUAGCGUCGGCGGCCUUAGGGCCAGCAUUUAUAAUGCCAUGACAAUAGAGGGCGUCACUGCAUUGAUUGAUUACAUGAAAGCAUUCGAGGAAAAACAUUCAGCAUAA